AUGUGCAAGUCGGACUACGCUAAGCAGCUGCGGGCGACAUCCGAUCAGGAACGCUCGACCACGGGGAAUGCAACGGGCGGAUCAAACCGUGCCUCCACGUCCAUGGUGGAAGCGCCGCCCGUGCGUCGCUCCAGGCAGAGAGAUAUCCGUGACAUGACGGACCAAGUUGCGCAUAAUCGACUUGAUUACCUGUGGGCUGCUGCGGUGGCCGAGAACGACCUCGCCUUCAACGUGUCUAAGUCGAAAUCGAUGCAGGCGUUCGUCGACGCGGCGAUCAUGUACGCGAAACCGUACACCCUCCCAACCCCGUACAAGGUAUCCGGCCCGCUGCUAGACAAGCUGAAGGCGGACUCCGAGGACCUGCUGCGGCCGCUGAAGGAUAGCUGGAAGACCAGCGGGUGCUCGCUCUCCGUCGAUGGAUGGACGGACAUCAAAUCCCGCGGUUUUGUGUGUGUCAUCGCACAAAACGACACUGCACCCGUCAUCGUCGACAUCGUCGACUCGAAGACCGCCAAAAAAACCGGGGACUACUUGGCAACGCUUAUUCAGGGAGCGAUCACCACGGUGGGGCCGAAGCAUGUCGUCCAAGUCGUCAUGGAUAACGCUUCGAACAACAAAAACGCCGCCAGCAAGUUAAGCGCGGAUUAUCCCCACAUUUUCUUCACCAACUGCGCUGCCCACUGCCUCGACUUGAUGUUGCACGACAUCGGCAAGAUCCCUGCGGUGAAACUCGUCCUUUCCCAAGUGCACCAGGUCGUUAUGAUGAUCAAAGGCUCCGCGUCGGCCGUGGUCUUGUUCCGUGAGCUUUUUACCAAGCUCUCGUUGGUGCGGCCUGGUGCAACGAGAUUUGGCACCCAGGUCAUCAUGCUCGGCAGGUUCCUGGAGGUGAAGCGCACGUUGAGGGCGAUGGUAAUCAGCGAGGAAUGGGAGGAUGCAGCUGUGGCAAAGACGGAGGAGGGGAUGGAGGUUAGGAAGCUACUGUUGGACGACGUUUUUUGGGACCGUGGGACGGCCGUGCACCGCCUCAUGACUCCCAUCUACGAGGUUCUUCGCGCGGUCGACACACGGGCUCAAGUCAUGGGGCAGCUGUACGGCCUCAUGCUUGAAGCCACGGUGAAGACUAAUGCGGCUGCUGAGACGGCUGCCGCACACUUCAUCAAGCGGACGGGUCUGCUGUUGCCGAAGGAUAAGAGCUCCUUUCUCACCUCCAUCAAGGCGAUCAUUGCAAGGAGGUGGGACGCACAACUGCACAACCCCCUGCACGCCAUCGGUUGGCUCCUCAACCCCCGUAACCAGUACAUUGGGGAGGUAAGGAAUGAUAAGGAGAUUAGGAAGGGGGUGGAUGAGGUGAUCCGGGCCCGUGGCGGGGAUGUGCAGCAGCGCAUAACGCUAGCUGCACAGGUGGCUCAGUUUCACCGAGGGGAGGGCAGGUUGGGCUCUGACGAUGCCCGUUGGGCAGCAACUACCUUGGUGGAGGCGGGGCGCAUGACGGAGGCAGAAUGGUGGUUCCUGUUUGGUGGGGAGGUGCAGCAGCUCCAAGACCUGGCUGUGACGUCUCUGUCACAGCCAGUCACCUCCUCCAAGGUGGAGAGGUACUGGUCGGCGCUGGCACGUGUGCAGAGGCGCGACCGGAACCGCCUCACGGCGAAGAAGAUGACUGACGUCACCUUCGUCGCCUUCACACGGCGUGCCCGUGAUGCCUUCGAUCGAAAGGCAGCCCUGCGUUCCAAGCUCUAUCAGGACCUGGGCAACGGCACCCUCAGGGAAGGGGCUGCCAUCCCCGUGGAGGCGGAAGUGGAGGUGGAGGAAGGGGAUGCGGAGGAGGAGGCACCCGUGGAGGAGGAAUGCACCAUUGAUUGGUCGGAAUUUGGGAGCAUCGGCAAGAAGAGGAAAGGGAAGGCGGCGACGAUUCAAGUGGAGGAGGAGGAGGAGGAGGAGGAAGAGGAUGACGAGGAGUGUGACGGUUAG